AUUGAACCCCUCAUUUAACCCAUGGUGGAAUCAGUGAUUAUCGAUAAUGGUGUGUCCAUGCUGUCUAAUGCCAUGACCUGUGCAAGUUGGUGGGACAAUACACACACAUCUCAAUCCCGGAGAACGUCCAAUAUUCAUGGAACACCAGGCAUUUCGGAGAAUAGUCUGGCUUCAUGAGCUGAGAGCUGUCGUUGUCGUCUUACAAUGCCUGAUCUGAUGUGUUCCCAAUCUAUGACAUCAUUGACACUGGAUGCAAUUGCAUGCCGGGAAGAGGAAGCUGUAGUGGUGGACUAUAUUCUGAAAGCUUCAACUUCUAUGAACGAUCCUCAGUGUUCGCCGGACGUCAAAGUACGGUUUGAUGAGCUGUGUCCAGUGUGUGGGGAUAAAGUAUCUGGCUACCAUUAUGGACUGUUGACCUGUGAGAGUUGCAAGGGUUUCUUCAAACGUACUGUACAAAACAAGAAGGUUUACUCCUGUGUGGACAACAGAAACUGUCUCAUUGACAAGACGCAAAGAAAAAGAUGUCCAUACUGUCGCUUUCAAAAAUGCCUUACUGUAGGAAUGAAGUUAGAAGCUGUCCGGGCCGACCGGAUGCGGGGUGGUCGAAACAAAUUUGGUCCAAUGUAUAAGCGGGACCGAGCACUAAAGCAACAAGCCAUACGUCAACGACAGCAGAUGCUGACAUCGUGCCAAAUUCACCUGUCAAAUGGAAUGAACUCUUUACCCACGUCCAUGGAGGACAUCAAACCUAGUUCGCUCCUGAUGGGUGGAAACCAGCUAAUAUACAGCAUGGGUAGCAGUUGUGGUGGUGGUGGUGGUGGCGGUGGUGGAGGCGGUGGUGGAGGAGGAGGUUGUGGUGGAGGGGGAGGGGGAAACAUCUCGCCUCUCUCGUCGCCGACCCCGUCGAUGCCUUCACCCGUCUACGACGCGUCCCCACCCAUCAGUCAGUUAACCCUAACGAACAGUGAGUGUAUGCCUGUUAACACGGGCGGCUCAGCCAUGCAGGGCACCCUGCAGCAGUACCCGGCCAUGAUCAGCGCCCUACAUCCCAUGCACUCCAGCCUCCUCUCACAGCAGCCUGCACUACCCCCUCUCAUACCGUCCCUAAUCUCAGACUUCAAGGCCACCAUGCCUAAUGAGACAGAACGUAAACAAAAGCUGCUUAACUUUAUUCAAAAUGAAUUUGGUGGGUUUCAGUGUUCGUGGCAUUCGGACAAGUUAUUUAUGAUGUUAUGUCGCCUUGUGGACCAGUGCCUAUUUCUCAUGGUUGAAUGGGCACGCUAUUCAUUUUUCUUCAAAGAAUUAAAGGUUGAGAACCAAAUGAAACUUCUACAAAAUUCUUGGAGUGAAUUAUUAAUUUUGGAUUUUUUAUAUCGACAACUUAACACAAAUUCCACCUCAGAGUUUACAUUGGCAAGUGGUCACAGAUUAAACGCAGAUUUCUUCGAUAAAAUAGGUUUAGGUGACAUGAGAGAGAGACUGCAGGAUCUUAUCAAAAAGAUGCGGGAACUAAAAAUUGAUGAAAACGAAUAUGUUUGUCUCAAAUAUUUAGUGCUUUUGAACCCCGACGUUGGAGGUGUGGAAAGCAGGCAACUCCUUGAAGACUGCCAGGAGAAAAUCAACACUGCCUUGAUGGAAUACUGUACUAGUGUUUAUCCCAAUAUGAAGGACAAGUUUGGCCAGGUUUUGUUACGCCUGCCAGAGAUUCGCAUGAUAAGCAUGCACGGCGAGGAGUUUUUGUAUAUCAAACACUUAAACGGAGAGCUCCCCGAGCAGACUCUCCUCACAGAGAUGUUGCAUUCCAAACGAAGGUGAGACACUGCCUGCCUUAGGCUCCAUCCAGUCGGUGUAGAUUCUUGGGAUUUUUGUGUGUGUGUUGGUAGGGGGAGGGGGUUUGGGUUGGGAUGGGAGACGUUAGGGGAAAAAAGCUGGGUUGGUUCGGGAAAUGGGAAGGGUGGGUGGGUGGAGUUUUUGGGGAGCGAGAUGUUGGGGUAGGGUAGGGGUGCUGUGAAGUUAAUGCCGGAAAUGACGAAGUGCAGUGCAUUGCGACAAAAAAAAGACCUUGAAAACAAAAAAGAAAAAAGAAACUAGCUGCGGCUUUUUUUUUUUUUUGGAAAUUAUAUUUUAUUUUAUUUUUUUUUGUUAUUGGCAUUUUUCUUCAGCAUCCAGCAUCGUUUUUUUUUUUUUUUUUUUGUUUUAAACAUCGUGAUUAUUAUUGUUAUGAUGAUGAUGAUGAUGGAAGAUGCCGCCAUGGGAAGUACACACUGUAAAAAAGAAGAAAAAACACCCUGUUGUUUUGUUGUUUAUUUUUGUUUUGUUUUGUUUUGUUAACUUUUUUUGGUUCCCAAUAUAUAUAUAUACACUAUAUAUAUACUAUAUAUAUAUAUAUAUAUAUGCUAUAUAUAUAUAUAUAUAAUAUAUAUAUAUAUAUAUAUAUAUUAAAAAAAGACUAGCUGAGUUCUUGUGGUGAGGUCUGUCUGUCUGUCUGUCUCUCUGUUUGUCUGCCUGCCUGCCUGUCUGUCUGGUGUUUUUUUUUUUGUUUUUUUUUUUUUUCAAAUCGACAAAAGUACAGAACUGGACUGAAAGAGAAAGAACACUGUGAAA